ACCAGGUAUGACUCCUCCCCUCUCCCCCCUCAGGGCAGUAAGGAGCGUUACCAUUGGCUGGCCCAGAAUGUGAAGGUGAGUGGUGUGGACGACAUGGUGCUUCUGUCCAAAAUCAGCGAGGACGCCAUCACAGACAACCUGAAGAAGAGAUACAUGGACGACUACAUCUUUACCUACAUCGGUCCAGUUCUGAUCUCAGUGAAUCCGUUCAAACAGCUUCCAUAUUUCACUGAGAGGGAGGUGGAGCUGUACCAGGGAGCGGCCCAGUAUGAAAACCCCCCCCACAUCUACGCACUGGCAGACAACAUGUACAGAAACAUGAUGAUUGACAACGAGAACCAGUGCGUCAUCAUCAGCGGUGAGAGUGGAGCUGGAAAAACUGUUGCUGCCAAAUAUAUUAUGAGCUACGUGUCCAAAGUGUCUGGAGGAGGAGACAAAGUACAGCAUGUUAAAGACAUCAUCCUGCAGUCCAACCCUCUGCUGGAGGCCUUCGGUAAUGCCAAGACUGUCCGCAACAACAACUCCAGCAGAUUUGGUAAAUACUUUGAGAUCCAGUUUAGUCAGGGCGGAGCUCCUGAUGGAGGAAAAAUCUCCAACUUCUUGUUGGAGAAAAGUCGAGUUGUUUCACAGAAUGAAGGAGAAAGAAACUUUCACAUCUACUACCAGGUACUACAACACGUACUACAUUUGUCUACUUAUGAUCUCAUGUUCUUCUGUUCUCAUGUUCUUCUGUUCUCCUCUUCUCAUGUUCUUCUGUUCUCAUGUUCUCAUGUUCUCAUGUUCUUCUGUUCUCCUCUUCUCAUGUUCUCCUGUUUUCAUGUUCUCAUGAUCUCAUAUUCUUGUGUUCUUGCAAUCAUAUGAUCUAAUGUUACUGUGUCUCUCUGUCCCUGUCUCUCAGUCCUGGCGUUCCCGUCCUUUCUUUUGGGGAUCCAUCAGGACGGUCUUUGCAGUAAACUGACCAGCAGGAUUAUGGACAGUAAGUGGGGCGGGAAGACCGAGUCAAUCUCCGUCACGCUGAACACGGAGCAGGCGUAUUUCUCCAGAGACGCUCUGUCCAAAGCUCUGUACGCCCGACUCUUCGACUUCCUUGUCGACUGCGUUAAUAAAGCCAUUCAGAAGGACCAGGAAGACCUGAACAUCGGCGUGCUCGACAUCUACGGCUUUGAGAUCUUCCAGAAAAACGGCUUUGAACAGUUCUGCAUUAACUUUGUCAACGAGAAGCUGCAGCAGAUUUUUAUUGAACUCACACUAAAGGCCGAACAGGAGGAAUAUGUUCAGGAGGGAAUCAAAUGGACGCCCAUCGAGUAUUUUAACAAUAAAGUGGUGUGUGACCUCAUCGAGUCCAAACUGAAUCCUCUUGGGAUCAUGAGUAUCCUGGAUGAUGUUUGUGCUACGAUGCACGCUAAAGGAGAAGGAGCAGAUCAGACGCUGCUACAGAAACUUCAGGGACAGAUCGGCACUCACCAACACUUCAGCAGCUGGAACAGAGGGUUCGUGGUUCACCACUACGCUGGGAAGGUGUCAUAUGAUGUCAGCGGUUUCUGUGAGAGGAAUAGAGACGUACUCUUCAAUGACAUCAUAGAGCUGAUGCAAAGCAGCGAAUUUCCGUUCAUCAGAGCUCUGUUCCCUGAGAACCUGGAGGCAGAGAAGAGAGGGCGUCCGUCCACCGCCAGCAGCAAGAUCAAGAAACAAGCCAACACUCUGGUCCAGACCCUGAUGAAGUGCACGCCUCACUACAUCCGCUGCAUCAAACCCAACGAGACUAAACGACCUCGAGACUGGGAGGACAACAGAGUCCGACACCAAGUGGAGUACUUGGGCCUCAGAGAAAACAUCCGGGUCCGCCGGGCUGGAUAUGCUUACAGACGGGUCUUCAACAAGUUCCUGCAGAGGUACGCCAUCCUGACCAAAGAGACCUGGCCUCGGUGGAAGGGUGACGAGCGCCAAGGAGUACUGCACCUCCUCCACUGUGUGAACAUGGACCAGGACCAGUUCCAGCUUGGCAAGACCAAGGUCUUCAUCAAAGCUCCAGAGUCGCUCUUCCUGCUGGAGGAGAUGAGAGAGAGGAAGUACAAUGGUUAUGCUCGGGUCAUCCAAAAGGCGUGGCGCAAACACAUCGCUGUCCGCAAGUAUGUCAAGAUGAGGGAGGAAGCGUCCGACGUCCUGCUGAACAAGAAGGAACGUCGCAGUAACAGCAUCAACAGGAACUUUGUGGGUGACUACAUUGGAACAGACAACCAUCCCGAGAUCAGACAGUUCGUCGGCCGCAGAGAGAGGAUUGACUUUGCUGACGUGGUGGUGAAAUACGACCGAAGAUUUAGGACUGUGAAACGAGACCUGAUCCUAACACCAAAGUUCCUGUAUCUGAUUGGUCGAGAGAAAGUGAAACAGGGUCCAGAUAAAGGUCAGAUCCAGGAAGUUCUCAAGAGGAAGAUCGAACUCAACAAGAUCCAGUCUGUUUCACUGAGCUCUCUGCAGGAUGAUUUCUUCGUCGUUCAUGAGGAAGAGUAUGACAGCGUUCUUCAGAGCAUCUUUAAAACGGAAUUCCUCAGUUUACUUGUCAAACGUUUUCAUGAGAAAACUGAGAGGAAGCUUCCACUGAAAUUCAACAACCUUCUGGAGUUUAAGGUGAAGAAGGGGGGCUGGGGUCCGUUCAGCUCUGCAGGAUCCCGACAGAUCCAGUUCCAGGUGGGUCAGGGGGACGAGGCGGUCCUGAAGCUCAGUGGAAAGAUGCUGCAGGUGUCCAUUGGACCAGGCCUGCCCAAGAACUCACGACCGACGAGGAAGGACAACCGAAAGAGCCGCUACAUGGGUAACCAGGCUCCACACAGCAAUCAGUACAAUUCAGCGCCUCACUCAAGAGGGGGCAGAGCGCCCAGAGGUCCCACCUCCUCUAGAGGCACCCUGCUGAGGCAGCAGUCCAGCAUGGAGCAACCCAGUCUGCCCCGCUUCCAGAGCCAGCGCCGCCCCAGCCACCAUGCCCCCAAACAAUACGACAUGGGCUUCAUGGACGUCCCUGAACAGGGCGCUGCAGGGCUGCAGCGACGCCGGUCGAAGGAGGUGAAGCCUCUUCCUGGAGCAGGUCGACCUAAACCUGCUCCCAAACCAAAGCCUCGGUGUCCUCAGUGCAGAGCUCUGUACGCCUACGACGCCCAGGACACAGACGAGCUCAGCUUCAACACUGAUGAUGUCAUCGUCAUACAACAGACUGUAAAUAAAGAUAAUCCGUCUGGUUGGUGGUUCGGCCGGUUGCGAGCCAGAGAGGGAAUGUUUCCUGGAAACUAUGUGGAGAAGAUCUAGACUUGGUCUCUGGGGUCAAAGGUCAACGGAGCUCUCAACACAUGGAAGAGGAAACAGCUGAUGACUGAAUAUGAUGAUGUCAUUCAUAAAGACAACAUGUUUGAGUCAGCGAAGGCAUCGUCCUCAGAGGUCAGAGGUCAGCUACUCCUGACAGUGUCUCUAAUGCUGCGUUUAAAUGUCCCUGAGUGACGUUGGUCUCUGCUCGUCUCUGACGAGCCGACACAACUCAACAGUCUGUGUCAAGUCAGAGCAGCACCCCCAACAGGCUGCAGUCUUCAUUACAGGCAACAACAUCCUGUCACAUGUUCUUUUUACUGAGGAUGAACAGAAACUAAACAUCACACUGGAACAUUCAAACUUCACAAGAGAAAUAUAAAAACUGCUUUUAUCCUUUUGAUUGAAAAAUUAAGUUUUUACAUGUAAAACUGCUCAGAUCAGAUUUUGAACCUGAACAUGAAUGUUGUUUUAGCUCAGAGAUCAGCUGACUCUGGAACAGCCAAUAAAAACACACCUCAGAACUGACCUGAGUGAAAACUGAUGUUUAUCUGUUUAAUUCCUUUUAAUAAAUGAUCAACAACUA